UUACCCUGGGUGUCGAGUGGUCGGCCAAGGUAGUCCGGAUCAGGAAAGCGAUCUGUCGAGAUCCAACUCAGUCGUCGAAGGACUCUCUUCGCGCUUCGAAGGAGAGACAGGUGUCUGGAUCCCGGCCAAAUACUAGAGAUACACAGUGGGGAUCUGGAAGAGGUUGGAUCGCGUACAGAUCGAUCCUGAUCGAGCCAGUGAGAACUACGUUCUAAAGUGACAGUUUCGCGAAGGAAAGAGUGGGAUACGCGUGUUCCUCUUCUCUUCGAACGUGGACAAGGAUUCCGGGGACAGUGCUGAUUUUCUCGUGAUAAGCAUUCUAUUUUUUUUUGUGAAGCCCCUCUCCCCUCUCUCCCCCCUUGGAAGGAGAAACAGUGGUGUGACAGCUUUUGUGGCGUUUUGUGAGAGAGGAACUGGGGGCGCGGACGCGCUGAAAUGACGGUGACCACUAACUUCUCGAUGAUGCGACCCUGCUUCACUGGAUACCCCUUUCAAGAUUUAGGAUCGAUACCAGGUCAGGGACGCGUCAAUCAGCUCGGGGGUGUCUUUAUAAAUGGACGGCCGUUGCCGAAUCACAUUCGAUUGAAAAUUGUCGAGAUGGCUGCAGCCGGAGUUAGGCCUUGCGUUAUUUCAAGGCAAUUGAGGGUGUCGCACGGAUGCGUAUCGAAGAUUUUAAACCGGUACCAAGAGACCGGAAGCAUCAGGCCGGGAGUGAUCGGUGGUAGCAAGCCGAGGGUGGCUACGCCGGAAGUCGAGGCGAGAAUCGAAGAGUAUAAACGCGAUAAUCCAGGAAUCUUCUCUUGGGAAAUUCGGGAUAGACUGAUCAAGGAGGGAAUUUGCGACAGGACCAGCGCUCCAAGUGUUUCUGCGAUUUCCAGGCUUCUCAGAGGACGAGAUCCUGAAGACGAGGCGAAACUUGGGGACGGUAAAACAAGCUCCGGUUCCGAUUGCGAAAGCGAGCCAGGAAUUCCUCUGAAAAGGAAGCAGAGGAGAAGCAGAACCACCUUCACUGCUCAUCAAUUGGACGAGUUAGAGAGAGCGUUCGAAAGGACACAGUACCCUGACAUCUACACCAGAGAGGAACUGGCUCAAAGGACCAAGUUAACGGAAGCUAGGAUUCAAGUAUGGUUCAGUAACAGAAGAGCCAGGCUGAGGAAACAGUUGUCCUCGACCGGUUCCGGAGGAUACGUCGGUUCCGUAGCAUAUCCUACGGCUUCUUACGUUCUUCAUCCACCGACUGCACCCCAUCCGCAUGCUGCCACAACCGUCCCACCGACCCAUCCUCACCCCCAUCCACAUGGACAGACUCUGCCAGACACUACCUUCUCCUCCAGUCAAGUUCCAGAGCUCUAUUCUUCGCACCAUACCACGAUGUCUCAUCAAUUGGCUUCUGAUUCCACUCGUCUACCUUCUUCGGUCGGUUCCACCCCCAGUUACAGUCUGCCACCAUCGGUUACCUACCCCAGCUCGCUGUUACCACCGACUUCGUCAACGAGCAGCAGUCAUUUGAGUCAUCAAGUGUCCCCAGUGGCUCCAGUCUCGUCGACCUAUCAACAGGCAAGCAGUCAUCAACUUCCACCGACUCCUAAUUCUUUGGUGACAAUGAUGGGUCCUAAUUCUGGCAAUUCGAACCCAUCGUCCGAUCAAUUGACCUCGUCUGACCUGCCACCGAUCAGCUCGGUUUCACCUGUGCAACAACAGCAGCAGCAACAGGUCAGCCAGGGUAACAGUUCACCCUCGUGGAACCUUCCAAUUUCCAGCGGAGGAAGGGUAGGUCUACCGAGUCCACCUUCCAGUUUGCAACAGCCACACACCCAUCCUGCUCAUCCUCAUCAAGCGUUUGCCAGCCAUUACGGUGCUCAGGGCUUCCAACAACCCCCUAGACCAGCUCCUCAUCAACCCUUUUACAGCUGGUACUGAAAAGGUUACUUCUGUUAUUGGAAAAUGAAAGUUUUCUAAGGGUAAAUUGGUUUCUAUGUUUGUUAGAUGAACUAUGAUGGCCACUGGCUUGGCUGAGGUUGCAUUGUAUGCGUAUUUUGUGCGUUCCUCUUUGAAUUGUAAAAUAACUAAAUUGAUGAGGAAUCGAAGAAUGAUUUAGUUAUUUAUUGAUCAUUAGAUAAAUGGUUAUUCGUUCAGAUAAUCGAGACUGAGGGCAGCAGCAAUCACUUAAUUGUUUUAUUAUUGUUGCAAGAAAUGUUAAUUACAUUUGUGAUGUAUAUAAUAAGGUAUGAUUUAAACGUGUUAAAAAUUAUUAACAAAUAACGAGGUGAGAAUGGAAAUUUUACGAGGCGAGUUGAAGAAACAGAAAAUGCCAGUACGUUUAAUAAUUAUUUAAGUUGUAAAUUUUAGCGAUGAACAAUCUUUACAAGAUUAAUGUAAGAUAGGAGCUAUUGAGUUUUGGACAAACGAAUCCAGUGAUUGUGUUUAUGGUUCGCUUAAGGAAGAAAUGUAAAUAUGGUCGCGAUCACUGUUGAUAUUAGAAGGCAGUUUGCGGGCGACUGCCGCGCGAGAAGGAUUGAGCAGAUUUCUUCUCUGUAAGCAUUGUAAAUUCGUGUAUUUUUGGUAGUUCAAAUUAAUGUUAUAAUUAAUUAAUUAAGUAGUGCAUGUAUAUAUGUUCGUUUGUCCUUGGUAUUCGGGUUUUCCGUUUUAAGGAUCGGUUGUCUUGCAAUUUACAGUACGACCAGCAAAUGUAUUUAAUAUUGUAAAUAGCCGUCGUAGCUCGUAAGUUUGCGAUUAUUUUUAUUUUACUCGGAAAUCUGUGUGGAAACUGUUUUAUCGAGCGAAGGAAAGAAUAAAUCAAAGUAGUUGAAAAAUUAAAGUAGACAGUGGAUAGUUCGUUCAAUCAUAAUUUUGUUAUUAAUAAAUGUUUCAAAUGUUUUCAAUAAAUAAUUCAGAGUAUCGGCGAAUUUAUUAUAGAGAAGAAAAAGAUUGCUUGCCCAAUUGUAACAUUUAGCUUCAAUGUUUGAAAGAUAUUGUAAAUGAUUAUCGUCGUAUUAAAUAUGUAUAGUAUUGUAUUUUGCUGCCUAUUAUUAUUAAAUAAA